AUGUCAGCCAUACAUCGAAAAGAGUUUUACGAAGAAAUCCAGGGUUUGUCGAAGAGUGAAAACCUUCCAAAGACUUCGAAACUUCUCAGGCUACAUCCUUUCAUCGAAGACCACCUACUGAGAGUGGGAGGAAGAAUCAAGAACGCCGAAAUCGACAAGGAUCAAAAACAUCCUAUUCUUUUACCUAGAAACCAUCCAGUUACCAAUUUCAUAAUUCUCGAUAUCCAUGAAAGACAGUUUCAUUCAGGUGUGAAUGGUACCUUGUAUGCUACCAGGUUGAAGAAAUGUUUUCGCGGAAGGCCUAAAGAACUAGAUUAUGUAAUGGGUAACCUUCCUGGGGUGAAAGAAAAGCGUCCUCGAAAUAGGAAUAAAGUUAAGGUAAACGCAGCUGUAUUUGUGUGUCUAUCAACGAAAGCGGUAUACAUUGAACUUGUUGGUGAUCUAACAACUGACAUUUUUAUUGCAAGCUUAAGGAGAGUUUUUGCGCGUCGAGGAAAGGCUAAGGCGAUCUACUCAGAUAAUGGUGCAAAUUUUUUCGGUGCCAAAAACAAAUUGAACGUACUUUACAGCUUUCUCAAUUCCGAUGAGCAUAAUAAAAAGGUAGAAAGUUAUUUAAUUGAUCAAGGAAUCGAAAGGCACUUUUCUCCACCGCGAACCCCCCAUUUCGGUGGGAUCUGGGAGGCAGUUGUAAAAUCGCUUAAGCAUAACAUGUUAAAAACGAUAGGCCACUCACACCCAUGUCAUCAGAUCCCAGCGAUUUGUCAACAGAUACAAAAACUAAAAGGAGACUUUUGGAAGUGUUGGAACUGCGAAUAUUUAAAUGAAAUGAAUGUUAGGAGUAAGUGGCAUACCGGAUCAGCAGAUUUAAUUAGAAUAGGAUCUCUUGUUGUUCUUAAGGACGAAAAUUUGCCGCCACUUCGUUGGAAGUUGGGUCGAAUUAUUGAAGUCCAUCCAGGCGACGAUGGCAUUAUACGUGUAGCAACUUUAAAGUCUAAAAGCGACGUCUUCGAACGAGGUGUAAAGAAAAUUUCGCCAAUUCCUGCAGAACUUCGCCCAUGCAACGUUAUACAAAUGUCAGUCUUCCUGAUUGAAGCGCCAACUGCCAGAUUAGUUCAUCGAUUGGACGCUAAGAAAAUCAGUAAAGUGGGGCGAUGCAUGAGACUGUUCAGAAAGAAGAAACCGGCAAAAUAA